AUGCAUCUCUUCGUGGUGUGUCUCCUCGGUGUCUGGGGUCUGGUUGCCCCUGAGCCAUACGUCGUAGAAGACAUCUGCACCGCAAAGCCACGUGACAUCCCGGUGAAUCCCAUCUGCAUCUAUCGCAGCCCCGAGAAGAAGCCCCAGGAGGGCGAGGGGCAAGCGCCAGGGAAGCGCAAGCUCCCGGACUUUACCAACCCCCGCGUCUGGGAGCUGUCAGAGGCCAACUCACGCUUCGCCAUUGUCUUCUACAAGUACCUGGCUGACUCCAAGGACAAUGGGGAAAACAUCUUCGUGUCACCCCUCAGCAUUUCUACAGCCUUUGCCAUGACCAAGCUUGGAGCUUGCGGCAGCACCCUCCAGCAGCUCAUGGAGGUCUUUCGAUUUGACACCAUUUCGGAGAAGACAUCCGAUCAGAUCCACUUCUUCUUUGCCAAGCUGAACUGCCGACUUUACAAGAAAGCCAACAAAUCCUCAGAGCUGGUGUCGGCCAACCGCCUCUUCGGGGAGAAGUCUUUGGUCUUUAACGAGACUUACCAGAACAUUAGUGAAAUAGUUUAUGGAGCGAAACUCUGGCCCCUGAACUUCAAAGAGAAGCCAGAGCUUUCCAGGAAGAUCAUUAAUGAUUGGGUGGCUAAUAAGACAGAGAAGCGCAUUACAGAAGUGAUCCCAGAAAGAGGUAUUGAUGAUCUCACUGUCCUGGUCCUGGUCAAUACCAUUUAUUUCAAGGGGCACUGGAAAUCACAGUUCCCGGCUCCAAACACAAAACUGGAUUUAUUUCAUAAAGCCAAUGGUGAGACCUGCAAAGUCCCAAUUAUGUACCAAGAGUCCAAAUUCCACCACGCAUCCAUCCCGCAGGACAAAGUCCAGGUGCUGGAGCUGCCUUACAAAGGGGAUGAUAUCACGAUGGUGCUGGUCCUGCCCAAUGCUGGGAUGCCGUUGGAGGAGGUGGAGCGAGGCCUGACGUCGGAGAAGCUGCAGGACUGGAUAGACUCCAUGAUGGAGGUGUCUCUCUAUGUCUAUCUCCCUCGCUUCCGCGUCGAGGACAGCUUCAGUGUCAAGGAGAAGUUGAGAAAAAUGGGGCUGGAAGAUCUCUUCAGUCCGGAAAACGCCAGACUCCCAGGUAUCAUUGCAGAGGGCCGUACAGACCUGUACGUAUCUGAGGCUUUCCACAAAGCCUUCCUCGAGGUGAAUGAAGAAGGGGCAGAAUAG